GCCCCCAGUGAGGGCGGUGUCCCAGGCGCUCACAGCAACUAAAACUUCAACCGAGAGACGCCCAAAAGCAGCACACUUUGAGCAAGACAUCGCGGGAGAUCGUCUACAGCCGGCUCACGCUACUCUGCUCAACAUGGCAAAUGAGGAAGCAGAAGAGCUGCGGACAGACAUGGUAAACAAGCCUGUGCAACUGGAAGAAGAAUUUCUCAGGGAUUUAUAUCUUUUCAUGAAAAAACGGGACACCCCUAUAGAGAGGAUCCCUAACCUUGGUUUUAAGCAAAUUGACCUAUUCACCAUGUUCAAGACAGUACAGAGUUUAGGGGGAUACAAGGAGGUGACAACCCAGCAACUCUGGAAGCAGGUCUAUAACAGGUUGGGAGGGAAUCCAAGGAGCACCAGUGCAGCCACUUGCACCCGACGACAUUAUGAAAAGUUGAUUUUGCCAUAUGAGCGCCAUCUCAGAGGACAAGAGCGUGAAACUUUGCCCCUGCCACUUCCUCAGAAACGCUGGCAUGCUGAAGACACUGAUAGAAAAGUGGAGACAGAGUGCAAGAUGGCAAAAUAUGACAUGCCACUGUACCAGAAAUUACCAGAUUUUACUUUGGAGCACUCAGCUCAUCCCAUCCAGUUUUCACAGUACCACCAUAGUAAAUCAUCUCCAUCUGCGUUCCGGACCCCUGCUCCUUUGAAUUACCCAGUUAGGACAGUAUUUCAUCCAAUGGUGAGUUCUGGAGAUUUGCGCAGGGUGGAGCUGCAAAAUCCAUUAAAGGAAUUCCACUCCUCACAAGAAAAGGUUGAGCCCCUCAAUCUUAGCCUGAAAAACAGAACCUCUGGAACUGUGUGCAAAGACGAUCAAAAAUCUGCUGUAACACCUUCUCCCAACAAAGCCCCUAAGUUUUUAAACAAAGUCUCACCGCUUUAUGUGUCUACUAGUCUGAAGAGAUCAAUAGUCCAGGAAUUUGGAAAGACAAGACUUCCCUGCACUUCCCUAAAGGUUUUUGAUUUUAGAAGCCUGCCUUCUGCUUCCACUGAAACUGAGCAAGGCUGUAGUCCAAGCAAAAGCAUGUCUUUGUAUAAGGAGGAGCACAGAAAUUACAGUCAUGGCAAAUCUCACACCUCCUCCUCUGAUCCUGUGAAUCUAUGCAGUCAUCCUCCAGCCAAAAAUGAGAAAACUUCAAAGGAUAUAAUAGUUCCAGUUCCUGUUCAUAUCUCACACCACUGGAUUGAUGAGGUUAAGAAAAAGCCAAUCUCCAUGUAUCCUAAUAAUAGUGAUAUUGACCAAGAAUCUCUUUAUAAACAUAGUGGACUGCACUCUGCAUCACCAGGAGAAAAUGCUAAACAAUGGAUAUUUGCAGAUGGUGUACAUGCAAAAGAUGUAAUCAGAAGACUAACUAAAGAGUCAUUGACAGAAGAGACUAUGUAUCCUGUCAGGAAUACCAUUUUUCCCUCUAGUUUUACUCCAGUUUGCAGGAAGUUUAUUCCAGUAAGUUUCAGAAAUAACAGUCUGGAAAAGUUUGCACUGGAGACCCCACAUUCUAAGGAUUGUAGCCAGACUCUCAGAAAAUAUGAAGCACAGAAUGGAACUUGUAGUCAGUUGCCAUUACGUAAAACUGUAAACUCACUGUCAGACAAGAGAUUCCCAGAACAAAGUCCUGCCUUGGACAAUAACAUGACAAAUCAGGUGUAUCCCAGGGACUACCAGAGUGUCAAAUAUUAUAUGACAUCUGAUCCUGCAGUAAGGCCACACACAGACUCUAGAUCAUCCUUUUAUAACAGCCAUGAUUUACCAUGGGGAAGUAUUGAUCAGUAUCAUAGAUCAGACACAAGCUUUUACAAGUCUGAUGCAGGCCGCCGGGCAGUCUAAACCAUAGGACAAUCUGCCAUGUCAGUGCUAUCUGCAAUAAGGGGACUCUCACAGACAUCAGUUGUUCAUUUAUAGAAGUUUUUAGCAGGGUAUCUUCAUGUGUUGAACUGGACUGGAUUUAUUCUGCGUUAUAUCAUAAUUGGAGAAUUGACAUUCUUAGAAUGAGACUUUACCAUUUACCAUUUUAGCAGACAAGCUAAAGAUGUGAAGCAUAUGAAUACAAACAAAAGGAUACUGAAUGAGAUACGGAUUCCUAGGGUGAUUGUCUCAUUGUUCUAGCCAAUUACCUCACCCAGAUAGGAACAGCAGCAUAUAAACUAACUAGUGUUUGUGUGUGACGUUUUGGACAAAAUCUGAAAGUGGAACUGAAGAAAUGUUUCAUAAGGAGAAGAUUCCAAGAACUUUAGGAAAUGAUGUAUAACUAUUUUCUAGGUUCCUUGCUAUUUGCAUACAAUAUCUUCUGGCCAGCCUUGUCUUAUAAUAGUCACAAUAGUUCAAUGGGCAGCAUUCCUUUCAACAACGCAGAUCACUGGUAUCUGUUGCAUUCUGCAAAUGGAAAUUAAUUUAUCUUGAAGUAGGCAAGAGAUGAUUCAUUUUGUUUGGUGUGCAUCAGCACAGCCCCAACUGACUAACUAUGAAUUCCUUUGACUGAGAAUUUGACUGGGAUACAGAGUGCACAUUGAUUUCACAUUUGUAGUAUUUAAGGGCAGUAGGUAUACACAAAUAUCAAACAUACAAUAUAUUCUAAAGCAGACAGUCUUGACUUUGUUUAUUUCAAAGCACCUCUAACCUAACCUAUGCAUACUUUUCUACAAAAAAUGUCUUAAUGGAGUUUUUGAUUUCUGCUACUUUGUUUCCAGCUGGUUGUAUCUUUCUGUUGGCUUAAUUAUCUAUUGCUAAAAGCUGAUUAAAUAUAUUAGAUUGAUACUCUGAAACUUCACCAUGAGGAGUAGUCAAACGUUUAUUUAGAUCUUGUAUUAGUUCUUUUUUUUGUAGUUAAAUGUAUAUGUGAUGUAAAUUAUUUUGGCAUUGUUUUUUUAUUUUUUGUAGUUGUUUUAUAUUUGCAAAUCUGAGCCUACCUUUAAUGUCUUAAUUUUUCUGUUGAUGCACUUUGAUAUGUUAAUUAAUUUUUCUGUUAGUGUUAGUUCUGUUACAUAAGUAAUUAUUUUAAAAAAUAUGUAAAGGGUACUAUAAAUUAAUAUAGGUAUUAAUUAUUUAACUAAUUAAUUAUUAUUUAAUGUCUAAGAUAUCAAUCAAUAACAAUUAUGAAAUGCUGUAAAAGAUAAUAAUAAUAAUAAUAUUUAUUUAUUGUGCAACACAACUUCUCUUAGACUUACAGUAUAUGAUUAGUUGUGCUAAAUUAACUCUGUAAGAGGUUGGUUAGUUGGUCAGUUAAACUGGCACCUUGUGAAUCUCAGGGGUUUCCUGGCUGUGUGCUCUGCUGCACUGGAUUUUGGAAAGUAAAUUUAUGGGUGAGGAACUAUUUAAAAGACAGUUAAUCUUUAUUAUACUUUGCAUCACUUUCUAGCAGAUUUUUAAACCCGAUGAUAAUUAUAAUAAAUUAAUUUACCUCAAAAA